GAUCGAGCCUGUCAACAGCUGACUGCGAACACCUGAGAAAACUCGUGUCCUGCCACGGAUAAUCUGUUAGGCGGUAUGGCAGCGGCGCUGACUGCGGUCUCUGCCGCAGACUGGGCCGACGGUACACGCUCAGCGGCGUGAUGCUGGCCGGAGGCAUCAGCUGCGUCCUGAUCAUGCUGCUGCCUGGCUCCUACAUUGACGAUCAGGGAGGCAGGCUGACGCUCAGUCUGAUAGGGAAGCUGUGCAUAGCUACCACGUUCACCGUAAUCUACAUAUUCACGGGCGAGAUUUUCCCCACAUCGGUUCGUAACACUGGCUUCGGCAUCGUCAACUUCUGCGGGCGGACGGCUGGGAUAGCCUAUCCCUUCGUAGCGCUGCUGAAUAUGGUGAGGAAAGAUCUUCAUUUCUUUGUGUUUGGAGUGCUCAUCACAUCAUCGGCGCUGCUGGACCUACUGCUGCCGGAGACGGUGGGAAGGCCGCUGCCAAAGACAGUUGGGGAAAUGGUCGGAGAAGAGGUGGAAAUGUAUCAAGCCUUGCAGCUUGACGAACUGGAAGACGAUUAUGGCAGCGAUAGGCAUGCAAUGAAACCAAAUCAAGCCUGAACAAAGAACGUAGGUGCUUUUGCCACAACACAUAUACUGCCGUUAGCUGUGCUCUUGGCAAUUUUGUUACAUCGACAUGCAUUUCGCUGUUGCAAGCAAUGUGCUCAGUUGGCCACAUCCAUAUUUGUUAUGAUCUGUCGUCUGCGUCAAACUUUUAAAUACUUCGGUGUUGCAUUUUCUUCCUGACUGUAAAUGAUUGCAGUGGGUUUGCGGAACAGUGGACAAGGCCCACAUGUAAUUCAUUCUCCUCGUUACCCAAGACGGCUUUAAAUGACAUCUGGCCCUUGUGUGAAGUCCUGAACAAAUCAUUGACAUGCUUUAUCGGCUGUAAGCUCAGUGCAGUGGGAAUUGUGAAGCUUGUUCACACGUGCUCAGCGUUUCAGCAAGCUAAAGCGUCAUUUCAGAACUCGCAUGAAGUGUCCCCACGUGGAAAACGCAACGGAAUGCAGGAUUGCGAUGCGGCGGUCCGUUGGGUCAACAUUUGUUGUUUGCUGUUCUCUGUGAUAAACUGUCGAGUUGUACUGCACCACUGGUACACCAUUGGAUUCGGUAGUGUCAUACGUCAGAACGGAAAGGAACUGGCUAUUGAGUGGUACCACGUUUCCAGUUACAUGGGCCACAUGUAGCCCUCACACGAACUGGCAAGUUGGACUUCGUCCUUUUCGAAGAGCUUACACGUCGUUUUGCCACAUGUGUGUACCCAGAGCACGGACGUACUCGAGAAUGGCAUGCAUUGGUAGAGAGUCGACAGACAAUCACGUGGUGUAGAUUGUAUUGUCGCAUGUGCCGCGUGCGAUGUGUGUACUAGCCAGCAGGAUGGAUUUGUCCGUUACCGAUCGUUGUUCACAUUUUGCGCAAUAUUUCGACCCAUAGACCAGGUAAAUGCAUGAAUCUAGCUG